GGGCUUCUCGCUCCCUUCGGCUGCGCGAUCUCCGGCGGGGCGCCAUGUCGGGCCGCGGCAAGGCGGGCGGCGGGAAGGCACGGGCGCGUGCUAAGUCGCGCUCGUCGCGCGCCGGGCUACAGUUCCCGGUGGGCCGGGUGCAUCGGCUGCUCCGGCGCGGACGCUACGCGGAGCGGGUCGGGGCCGGCGCGCCCGUCUACCUGGCGGCGGUGCUUGAGUAUCUGACGGCCGAGAUCCUGGAGCUGGCGGGCAACGCGGCACGCGACAACCGCAAGACCCGCAUCGUCCCGCGGCACGUCCAGCUGGCGGUGCGCAACGACGAGGAACUCAGCCGCCUCCUGGGCCGCGUCACCAUCGCGCAGGGCGGCGUCCUGCCCAACAUCCCCGCCGCCCUCCUGCCCCGGAAGGCCGCGGCGCAGGGCGGCGGCGCGGCGGCGGCCCGGAAGAAGGCGGCCCCCCAGGCCUCGCAGGAGUACUAGGCGGCGGCGGGGCCCGGAAACCGCCCCCCAGGCUGCGGGGCUGGACGGAAUAGACGGAGCGGGAGUAGUGGUCCCACCGCCGGGCGCCACGUCCUUGGGCUCGGGGCUGCGGACGGCGGGAAGGGGCUGCCCGCGCAUGGCUCUUUGGUGGGGCUGCUCGUGGCCAGUAAAGGACGUUUAAAAUG